AUGAGUAAACUUAUGCAAAUGACAGUAUGUAAAACAACGAAUCUAUUUAUUAAACCAAGAUGCAUAGAAAGAGCAGUAUUUGCCUUUACAUUAUCAAGUCAGAAAGUAUCUGAAAGAAUCAAAAAGUUAUACAAUUCAAUAUUACAUUCAAAUUGGGCAGAUCCACACACAAUGAUGCAAAAUUAUUGCUUUUGGGAAAAUGAAUACCAGAAAAUUCUCAAACUUGUGCAAAGUUUGAAAGAAAAGAGUGGGAAAUUGAAUGAAGUUGAAAAUACUAAUAUUUCAUGUGACGUAGAAGCACUUAAAAAGCUUAUAGAUCUGAUGUAUCGUUGUGAGGAUGUAAGGGACCAUAUUGCAGAAAUUUCAGAACAAUAUUCAAGAUCUCAUGGUAUAGCUGGUAUAAAUAUCUCUAAGAAGUCUGAUAUAGAAAAUAUGAAUGAGCAUAUUGAGGCAAUUGUAGAAGAAUAUAAUAAGAUAAAAGAAGAAUACCAACUUAAAGAAUCGUGGAAACAAAAGAUUGAAGAAACAUUAGGUAUUGGUAUAGCUAAACUUAGACAGACCCACAAAUUUAAUUGGUCCACUAGUCAUAAAUAUAAUUAUUAG